AUGGUCUUCUACCACCACCUUUAUCGACACGCCAACCGCUGGACAGUGGUGAACGAAAUGCGGCAGCCUUUCGAAGUGGCGAAUCUCCGAGCUCUUGUCAGAAAAGUGGCAAACAACUGCGCGUUCUGCAAGGUCUCCAAGAUCAUCCCCUCAUCACCACCUAUUGCACCCCACUCUGAAAAGAGAUUAGAACCAUUCGUCCGCCUGUUCACGUACGUAGGGGUGGAUUAUUUUGGACCAGUGCUAAUCAGAGCAGGGCGUAGUCAGGCGAAACGCUGGAUCGCACUAUUUACCUGUCUGACGAUUCGGGCAGUACAUAUGGAGGUGGUGCACAGCUUGUCUACGGACUCAUGCGUUAUGGCAGUGCGCAGACUCAUAUGCCGUCGGGGUUCGCCUGCAGUCUUCUACUCCGACAACGGCACUUGUUUUCAAGGGGUCAACAGACAACUUCAGGAGGAGAUUGCAGCACUAAACGAUGACAUGGCGAUUACCUUUAUGAACGCUACAACCGGGUGGAAAUUUAACCCUCCCGCAGAUCCACACAUGGGUGGAGUGUGGGAGCGCCUCGUCAAGUCAGUGAAAGUAGCAGUCGGUUCAGCUUUGGACACUCAGCGAAAACCAGACGACGAGACUCUGAAAACCAUCAUUUACGAAGCCGAAGCUUUGGUCAACUCCAGGCCGCUAACCUACAUACCUCUGGAAUCGGCGGACCAAGAGUCUUUGAUCCCCAACCACUUCCUACUGGGAAGUUCCACGGGUAACAAACUCCAACCGGCAGCGGGUGUCAAUGGCUAUGGAGCUCUACGCAGUAGCUGGAAAUUAGCUCAGUUCAUCACCGGGGAGUUCUGGAGGAGAUGGAUCCGCGAGUACCUACCGGUAAUAACUCGGAGGUGUAAGUGGUUCGAGAACGUCAAGGAACUGGAAGAGGGAGAUCUAGUUCUUGUAGUCAAUGGGACUGCGCGGAAUCAGUGGAUCCGUGGACGUGCGGAGAAGGUCUUCCCCGGCCGGGACGGCAGAGUUCGUCAGGCUCUAGUAGGGACAUCGACUGGGGUUCUACGGCGACCAGCCGUCAAGUUAGCGGUAUUGGACGUUGGAGAUCAAUGUAAACCAGCAGAGCCCUCGGGAGAUUUAGGGCACCAAGGUUUACGGGGUAUGAAACGACCAAGCCACUCGUUACGGCGGCGCCGUCGAUGA